UGGUAGAGGUGAAGGAAUGUCGCUCAGACUCAAACCGCGAGUGCCACUGUGACAGGGGCUAUUACUGUGAAAGCAAAAUCCAGUUUACCUGCAGGAGGUGUAAACAGUGUCAAAGUGGAACCUUCUCCAACACACCAAACCUAAACAUAAACUGCAAACCCCACACAGAUUGUGGCCAGAAGGGAAUGAUAAUGUUGAGAGAGGGUAAUGCCACUGAGGACCGUGUAUGUGUCCAGGCCUCCAACUCUCCAACAACCACUGCACCUGCAGUGGUCCACAGCUCAGACCCCCACCUUCAUUAUUCCACUGUCCUGAGCAACCCCCAUAUUUCCUCCUCAACUGGUGAAAAGGUCACUGAACACCACUCAUCUGUCUCCAACACCAAGUUCAUCACCCCUAACAUGGCAUAUAGUGACACCUCACCUGCAGUGUCAGGCUCUGCCCCUCUUAUCACCACCAUAGGAGACAAAAGCCUAAGAACUGGAGAAACCCAAAUCCAUUGGCUCCUGUUGGUAGUGGUUAUACUAGGGGGGGUUCUGCUGUAUCUGUGGUGCAGGGGACGUUCACUACCAUCCAUGAACAUGUGGAAAGGUCCAACAUAUGAAAAAUAUACCCAGCCCCCCCAGGACAGAAACCAGCACCUGGUGCGUCCACAGGGGAGGGAGCCCGAGGGAGGUGUUGGACUGGAGGGUGAAGGGUCGCCAUCACCAGGGGGCUUGCAGGAGGUUGCAGUGGAGCCCUCUGGAGGAGAGAAGAUCAGUAACACAGUGGGCUCCAUAUACAUAUUUUCACCGGGGACCGUUGUCCUUGGAUCCAACAAGUCGGACAAGAAGUCAAACAAAGGAGAAAGUGGAGGAGAGGGCUAUUCUCUGUCCAGCGUACCCCAGCAGGAGUCCCGUUGCCUCCUUCCUGGGGGCCCCGAUGUGGGGCCAGAGGGAAUGAUUACACAGGAGGAGACCCAUAAAGAGCUGUGCUAUCCCAUUACAGAGCUGAACUACCCUGUACCAGCAACUGAGAAUUAGGAAAUAAUUGAAAUGACGGAUUGAAAAAAAAAUAUAGUCAUU